UAGUAAAUCAAGAUUUUGUCAAACUCUUGGCUUAAUCACGUUGUAUAGCAGGACAGGUUCAGACAGUACUGUAACACAGAAAUGAAAACAAAUCAAUAUUUGGUUGAUGCAAUGCGCUGUAAAGAGAUUUGUGCUUUACAGUGUAAACGGUCAUGUAUUUUGUACACCGUAAUAGACCUGCAUAAACCCAACAGUGUUCAGUAUUAUACAAUAUUAUUUAACAGAUUAAUAUCAAUAUUACAGUGGCAACCAUUUUGUUGGGCUGUUUACCCACAAUUGAAAUGUAAGCAGGUAGUUUAAUAUUAUCUUGUGGUAAUAAAAUGUAUAUUGCAGUAGGAAAGUUUACAUAGUAGAUGUUUAUCAUUCAUCUGAAUAAGUUCUACUAGCACAUUUGUUCUGGCUUGUUUCUAAAAAUUUGUCCAUGAGUCUCACAUGAUUUUGUACUAGGUCUGUGUUUGUCUGUGACAGGAUACUGUUGGCCUUUACUGUCGUAAUCUAAGCUCUAAUCAUUUGAGCAUGACUAGCGAUAUUUCACUUGAUACCUAAUAAUACAUAAGACUUUUAGGUCAGCAUGAAAAUCCAGGAGGAAAGGUUAUUAAAUAUUUCAGUGUGUGUGUGUGUUUGUGUGUGAGAGACUGAGAGUGUGGGUGUGGUGAGCAUGUGCGCAUGUGCACUCAGGCGAACACUGGUUCUGCUGUGCUGCUCUUCUGUCUCUGCUGUCUCACUGUGCAGUGCUGAACUGGCACAUUGACCAGUCUGGAGACGGUCAAUGCUUUUGCACCACUGCAAGCAGCGAAGACAUCUUACGGAGCUGAUUCACAAAUGUGGCCAAUAUCCAUAAAGUACAAUGGCUCCCUUCCUGGUGGAGAUAAGGGGAGGAAAAGGAGUCGCUUUGCUCUUUACAGAAGGGCACAGGCUAACGGUGUUAAGCCAAGCACUGUGCAUAUCCUCAGCAAUCCACAGGACAGCAAGGCAGUUAAUAGCAGGGGGCAGCACAGUAUCUCCUUCACACUCUCUAGGAAUCAAACUGUGGUGGUGGAAUAUUGUCAUGAUGAUGACACAGAUAUGUUCCAGAUUGGCAGAUCCACUGAGAGCCCCAUAGACUUCGUGGUGACUGAUACACCAGGAGGAUCAAAAGAAAGCGAGGACUCUGUUGCACCCAGCACCAUCUCGCGCUUUGCCUGCAGAGUUGUGUGUGAACGCAACCCCCCCUACACUGCCCGGAUUUACGCAGCUGGCUUUGACUCCUCCAAAAACAUUUUCCUUGGGGAAAAAGCAACAAAGUGGAAGAACCCAGAUGGUCAUAUGGAUGGCCUCACAACCAAUGGAGUACUGGUGAUGCAUCCACAAGGUUUCCCAGAGGAGUCCAAGCAGGGCAUGUGGAGGGAGAUUUCUGUCUGUGGGAAUGUCUACACUCUGAGAGAGACCAGGUCUGGCCCCAUCCGUGGACAGCUGGCUCAGGGUGAAAGCAGCGCUCUGAAGGAUGGCUCUCUGGUAGACCUGUGUGGUGCAACGCUGCUGUGGCGCACAGCCGAAGGCCUUCUCAAAGCUCCUACUUUGCGUCACCUGGACGCACUGCGUCUGGAGCUGAAUGCAGCACGUCCACAAUGCCCAGUGGGCCUGAGCACGUUGGCGUUCCCCAGCCUACCCCGUAGCCACAGCCUGGAGGAACGCCAGCCCUGGGCCUACCUUACCUGUGGCCAUGUGCACGGCCGACAUGACUGGGGCCAGAAGCCUGAGCACAGCCGAGAGUGUGAGGGAGGCCCUAACACAGGUUGCAGACGAGAGUGCCCUCUGUGUCGAUCGCUAGGGCCCUACGUGCCCUUGUGGCUGGGCUGUGAGCCUGCAUUCUAUGUGGACGCAGGGGCUCCCACCCACACUUUUGUUCCCUGCGGCCAUGUGUGCUCAGAGAGGACGGCAAAGUAUUGGGCUGAGACAUCGCUGCCACAUGGGACCCACGCCUUCCAGCCCAUAUGCCCGUUUUGUUCUACGCCUUUGACCGGCAGACCUGGCUUCACCCGCCUCAUCUUUCAAGGGCCUGUCGAUUGACAAGUAGCCGCAGGGGGUACAAAGCAUGAUAGGAUUGCUUUCUUGGGAGUGUGUUCAUACUGUAAAUACACAUGCUGAAAUCACAUGCAAAUCUACCGUAGCUUCCUUAGUAUAUGCACACAAUUAACUCAGUAUGUGUAUUUUGCAAUUGAAUGCAGCCCUGAGUUAGCCUGGUGAACAACAUAUUUUAAUCUAGCUAUAAAUAUCACCAUAUUUUGUUCAUGGAUUCAGUCAGACACUGACCCUGUAGUGAGUCACAUCAGUGUGCCCUGAUGAGUUACAGGGGCAGUUCAUGUUUGAUGAUAUUUGAAGUAAAUGGUUAAUUGUUAGAAGAAAAAUUAGCUUAAAUGUAUGGAGAGCCAUACUUGCUAUAUUAAUUCCUUUAACUGAAAAAUUAGCAGCCCAGUGAAAAAGAGGCUUUUCUGGGUUUGGCAAGAGCUUUUUUUUUUAUCCACUUGCUAAUUUAUGAUGGCGAUAUACACUACCAGUGCCGGACAGAAUCCAUGGAAUUGAAACAAAUUUACAGUACCAAGUACCUCUUCAAUUUAAGAUUGCAGCGUAAUACUCACCUAUUGCAUACUAAUUACUGGGCCUCUGGAUGCUUGUAAUAAGUUGUUGGGAAGUUAGUUUGAUGAUCUCUUUGAUGUUUUAGUUUUUAGGAUCUCAGGACAGGAAGUGGGGGACUGCUGCAGAAACCUGUGACUUCUCGAAAGUUUACAUCUAGCUUUUAAUGUAGGGAGUAAAAUGUCCAUGCUAUUGAUGGACUCCUACCUCCAUCGAUGGCCAAUUGUACUGAUUCCUCAGUGCGUUAUAUGUGCAUUAAUUGCACCUAACUCUAAAAAGGAAACUCUCUUAAACAAACCCAUCUUAAGCAAUAAGCAUUCCUAGAAUUAAGCUAAAGCUCAAAGGAGAGAUGCAAUGACUCGAGCGUGUACUACCUGAUUCUAGUAUACAUGUGGUGAACUCGGAAUUGUAGUCGUUGAAGGGCUUUAGCAGGUCAUGAGUAAAGUAGCCCUGGUGAUUUUUAAUUUUUAGAUUGUUCUUUGUAUUAUGAUUGUUUUAGCAUUUAAACAACAGUUGAAGUUGUAGCUGCAGUAUACAUAGUAGUAGUUAAAAAAACGUCCAGAUGUAAUAUUUUUGUACAUGGUUGUGUUACUAAACUUUGACCCAAGGUCAGUUUUUAUAUAACAAGUGUUUCACGUAUAUAUAUGUAUAAAUAUAUUAUUUUCAUGUGCAAAUAUGAUUUAAAUCCUGGAGAGCCCACAGCAGAAAAGUAUGCCUCACUGUGUCACACUCCAAAAUGUUAUAGGAAACCCUCAACAUAGUAAGCAGUAUGAUGAAUGUACUAUUCUAGGGCCUAGAUAAUAACUCUGCUGUUCUUGGUGCUAUCAUUCAAUUUAAAUGCUUCAUAUAUAUUUUUAUCUGAACAUCACUGCACUUCUUGAAAGUAUUUAAUUGUUUUGGUAACUUAAUGUCAAAAUCACCCACUGAAUCACUUCUACACAUGCAGGCUUUGCACUAUGCAUGUCUAUGACGAGCUUUUCACAGGAGAAGGCUUUUAAAUUGCAAAUAUAUAUACAGUGUUAAGACAGACACACUCUACUUUACCUCACACGCAGGAGAAGAGACCUCAACUGAACAUAUUUUUAUAUAAACUGAAAGAGAUAACGUGAUUGAUUUUCACUUUUCUUGCUUGUCAUGACUAUUUCAUACAACUGAAUUAAAUUUUCUUUUUUUUUCUUCUUCCCCAAGGGGCAUUGUAUGUCCUAUUUGAUGCAUUGUAUCUAUAACCACUAAUAUUCCUUUAAACAACUUAAACAGAUAUCCAGCCAAGUUAAUGCAUUCCUUAUUUGAGUCAAUCCUGGAGACCCAAGACCACAGCUGUGUUGUAGAAUUUUAGUGUCUUGCAUACAUAUACACACACAUAAAGAUGAUUCAGUGUCUUCCUGAUGGCUCAGAAAUGCCCUUCUGUCCAAUUUUAAACCUGCAAGGGAUCUUGUUCCUUCUGCAAGCUGAUAAUGGGCAAUCUCAGGUUUACACAAGUCAGAGUUUACACUCAUCCCAGUGUCUCUGUACACUCUAUUGCCAGGUCACCAUUAGCAGGAUUGGAGAUAUGUGUGCCUGUGUGUGUGCUAAUAUAAUUUACUAUUCACGAAUUCUCACAACAGGGUCUUACCUCAGAGAACACAAAAUCUGGGGCAUAUUCAAGAUAUGUGAAAUACAUUAUUAGUCUGGUUCACUGACCACAUUAUAGUUCUGUGCUGUAUCUCCAGUCGUCUUAAAAUUUUUGCCUUGCUUAAAACACAGCAUAUACAAAUUACUCUGGAAGAAUAUGCCCUUAAAUAUACAAUUCCUAUCCAAACUUUUAUGUCAUUUGUCAUUUAUUAUUUGUACUGAGUGAUUGUUUUAAAAUGGUAUUAAUAUAAACCCAUCUACAUGCAAUGCUAGAUGUAGCACUGAUCUAGUCUUACACUGAUUGAAAUAAUCCCUUAUGUGUCAUAGUUUAAAGACUGCAUUGAAGUAUGGUCAGUAUCAAAUGAUAUGAAAAUAGUCAGCACCUUGUGUUUGACCUCUGUAAAACCUCUUACAGACUCGUGGUCAUGACCUGUGACCUUUCCACUGUCACAUACCACUGAGCAGGCCUUAAAUACAGCUACAAAACACACAACAAACACAGACACACAAUUACGCUUGAACCCAAGGUGCACUGACAAUCCCAAGUCAAAAUUUUAAUAAAAGUUAUGUUUCCAA